AUGCAAGGGGUUUCUGUGAUGGAAACUGGCAGAGUUCCUGACUCUAAUGUGCCAGACCUGGUAGGAAUUUUCAAUCCUGAUGCCAUCUUCCAGCAGCUGAAGAUGUAUUCACCUUUUCUAAUCCUGGGACCAAACACAGAAGCAGUUUAUAGUGAUAAAAACCUGGUUGAUCUGGAUGAAAAUUUUGCUAUACAGAAAGAACCAGCUAUGCUUUGUGAUCAAAAUCCAGAGCAAUCAAAGAGGAAUCAUAGUGAAGAUGAAAGAAGGGGAAAGAAAAAAUGGAAAGAAAGAGAAGGAGAAGAAAAAGAAGUGGAAGUAGAAGAGAGACUGGAAGAGGAACAGGAAAAGGAAGAGAAAAAUGAAGAACAAUAUCCCCAGAAAAGAUUAGUCAGCAAACCCCUCAUGGACACUCUCUGGGCAACCUUUAAGUUAAAUAAAUGCCCCACAAAAGGAGAUAGUCAAUCACUUGCAUUUGAAUUUAAUAUGACAGCAAAACAGAUAAAGCAAUGGUUUUGUAAAAGGAGGAAGAAAUACAAUAAAGCUAUGUACAAGCAGAAACCUAAGAAAAGACCCAAGAGGCUCUGGCUGGAGGGUUGA